AUGUUCCGCACUCAGGCCCGCCGCGCUAGGAGCCGCCGUUUCCGCCGCGCGCGCCCCUGCGCGGACCGGUCCACCUGCCACCGUGAGAGGCGCGGCGCGGGCGGGCCCAUGGCGUCCGCACCCCGCGGCUCCCUGGGCCUCCUGCUCUGGCUCCUGCUCCUCCAGCCCCCGCUGGAUGCGGCGCAGGGCGGGUCCGCGAGGCCCGCACCCUCCCCGGCGCCCACCUCCCCGUCGUCGUCGUCGGGGGGCGGCCGUUCUUCCUCCCACGCUGUUCUCACCCCAGGGUGUGGCCAAGUAGUUGCGAAAAUCUUGGGAGGAAAGGAGGCCGAAGAGGGGAAGUGGCCUUGGCAGGUGAGCGUGAGGAUCAACGAGAAACACGUGUGCGGAGGCUCCCUCAUCACACGGCAGUGGGUGCUGACUGCAGGCCACUGUAUUUUAAGCCGAUUCCACUACAGUGUCAAGAUGGGAGAUCGGGGGAGUGUCUAUAAAGAAAUCACCAGUGUUGUGAUCCCCGUCCGAAACAUCAUCAUCCACCCUCAGCUCUCAGUAGUCGGAACCGUUCAAAAGGACCUUGCCCUUCUCCAGCUCCUCUACCCUGUAAACUUCACCGUGACCAUCCAGCCUGUAUGCAUCCCUCAGAAGACUUUCCGGGUGGAGGCUGGGACCACGUGCUGGGUGACCGGAUGGGGCAGAAAAGAAGAAUAUGGUGAGACUGUGACUGUUCUCCAUGAGGUCGACCAAGACAUCAUGCACAAUGAAAUGUGUAAUAUGAUGAUUCAGAAAGCCAUAACAACAAAGAAGAGUGUAGUACUGGAAGGGAUGCUCUGUGGCUAUAAAGAAGCUGGGAAGGAUUCUUGUCAGGAAGACUCUGGGGGGCCCCUGGUCUGUGAACUUAAUGAAACACGGGUCCAGGUGGGGAUCGUGAGCUGGGGCAUUGGCUGCGGUCACAGAAAUUAUCCUGGAGUUUAUACAGAAGUUAGUUUCUACAAGGACUGGGUCAUUGAUCACUUGAGUCAGGCUUGCUCUUGGGACUCAGCAGGCUACUUCCCCCUUCUGUGUCUGCUGCUGCCCCUGAGCAUCCUGGUGGCCCUGUGA